GGCUUGAGGCAAGGAUUCUUUCGUUCUACUGCAUCGCUGAGUUCGUAGGAGAUUUUCCUUUUAGUGCACAAUAAAUUUGUAAAAGUUUUCAAGGAGAGCAAGGAUAUUGAGGUAAUUGUGGCGAGUGAUCAAACAAGGGAGGAGAAAUGGCAGAAAGUGCAGUCAACCUAGCUAUAGAGUAUUUGGUCCCGUUGUUAGUCCAAGAAGCUAGAUUGUUGAAGGGUAUCCACGAUGAAGUUGCAAGCAUCACAGGUGAAUUAGAGUUCAUUCGAUCUUUCCUAAACGAUGCAGAUGCAAGGGCCGAGAAAGAAGACAAGAGCAACGUUGUAAAAACAUGGGUAAAACAGUUAAGGGAGGAAGCUUAUCACAUAGAAGAUGUUAUUGAUGAAUAUAUACUUCAUUUUGCAAAACAAACUCACCGGCAAAGGAGAAGUAUCUGUUUCCUCCCAAAUGUUUUUCACUUUACCAUGAAACUGAAACCAAGACAUGUGAUAGCCUCUGAGAUUAGAGAUAUCAACAAGAAACUCAAGGAAACCAGGGACAAAUUUGAAAGAUAUGGCUUAGAGAAAGGUAGAUCCAUCAAUGACGUUGGAGGUGUUUCGUGGCAUGAUCCUCGACUGAAAUCCCUUUUAAUUGAGGAAGCAGAGGUUGUGGGCAUUGAGUCUCCCAGAGCUAAAUUGAUAGAGUUGUUGGUAGAAGGACCGACAAAAAGCAUGGUGAUUUCAGUAGUUGGCAUUGGUGGUCUUGGCAAGACCACUCUUGUCAAAAAAGUGUAUGAUAGUGAGAAGGUGACAACACACUUUGAUUGUCAGGCUUGGAUCACUGUGACUCAAUCAUACAAGAUGGAGGAUUUAUUAAGGGAAAUGAUACAGAAAUUUUAUGAGACAAUGAUGGAGUGCGCUCCUAAGGAAAUUGACACAAUGAAAGAGACAUCUCUAAUGGAAGAAUUGAAGCAAUAUUUACGUGAAAAGAGAUAUAUAGUAAUUCUUGAUGAUUUAUGGGAUACAGAAUUUUGGGGACAUGUAAAAUGUGCUUUCCCAGAGAAUAAUAAAGGUAGUAGAAUAGUAAUCACAACCCGAAGUGAGGAUGUUGCUCCUUCUGAAAAAGAAUCUCCAUUUUAUUAUGUGUACAAAUUGCCACCUCUACCUUUAGAAAACUCCUUGGAGCUCUUUUACAAGAAGGUAUUCCAACAUGAAGGGGGGCAUUGUCCUCUAGGUUUUGUUGAGAUGUCACGUAGCAUAGUUGAGAGAUGUGGAGGAUUGCCACUAGCAAUUGUGGCUAUAGGCGGUCUUUUAUCAACCAAAGAAAAGGUUCAAUCUGAGUGGCACAAAUUGCGUGAUAGUCUUAGUUCAGAGUUCGAAAUCAAUUCAUGCCUAAGAAGUAUCCCCAGAAUUCUAUCUCUUAGUUAUCAUGAUUUACCUCACAACCUCAAAGCUUGUUUCCUAUAUUUUGGCAUGUUUCCAGAGGAUUACUCUAUUAAUUGUGCAAGACUAAUUCGACUUUGGAUAGCCGAAGGUUUUAUAAAAGAAAAGCAAGGAAUAACAUUGGAAGAGGUUGCGCAAGACUACUUGGACAAACUCAUUCAUAGAAACUUGGUUCAGGUUGAAGAUGUCGAUUCUAUUGGCAAAACUAGAACUUGUCGAGUUCAUGAUAUGAUGCGUGAAGUAAUUCUUUCUAAGUCAGAGGAAUUGAGCUUUCGUACUAUUUCAAUACAAAACUUCUCAAGUUUUGAUAAAAUUGCGCGACGCUUAUCAAUUCAGGCCAAUAUAAAUACUCCUUUAGAGGGUAUUACAAGUUCGCAACCUCGUUCUAUUAUCAUGUUUGAGGAAGAUAAAUUGCCCAAGUCUUUGGUUACUGGUUUUUUUGUAAAUUUCAAGCUUAUGAAAACAAUGGAUUUUGAAGGUGCCGCUAUUGAUUACCUUCCUAGAGAAGUGGGAAACCUAAUCCAUUUAAGAUAUUUAAGCUUGAGGGAAACAAAAGUACAAAAGAUUCCGAAGUCUAUCGGUAAACUUCACAACCUAGAGACUCUGGAUUUGAAAUGUUCUCAUGUUUCUAUACUACCAGUAGAGAUCAGUGGACUCCGUAAGCUACGAUAUCUUGCAGCGUACAUUGAAAACCAUGAAGUUGAACUCAAUAUUGAAUCUCGACGAGCAGUGAUGAUACCAAGUGGCAUUGGACAUUUAGAGUCCUUACAAAAGUUGUUUACAGUGGAAGCCCACAAUGCUAGCUUUAUUGCAGAAUUGGAAAAGCUGAGGCAAUUAAGGAAGUUGGAAAUUGCUAAACUGAAGAGAGAAGAUGGGAUGGCCUUGUGCACCGCAUUAGAAAAAAUGAGCCACCUUCGGUCAUUGGAUAUCAGUUCGACAAGUGAGGAAGAAAUUCUUGAAUUGCAAUCGAUGUCUUUUCCUCCACCCCUUCUACAAACUCUUUGCCUAAAUGGACGACUAGUAAAAUUGCCGGAAUGGAUUCCCAAACUUAAAAAUGUAGUUAGAAUUGAAUUAUUCUGGUCAAGUUUACUAGAUGAUCCAUUGAAGGUCCUUCAGGCUUUGCCUUGUUUGAUGAGUCUUCAGCUUCAUGACGGAUACAGUGGUGAGCAACUACAUUUUGAGGAAGGAGGAUUCCAGAAACUCAAGGUGCUAGAGCUCAAAAAUUUGGGAGGAUUGAAUAGUCUGAUAAUAGAUGAAGGUGCCAUGCCUCUUCUUGAAGAGUUUGUAAUUGGACCCGCCUCACAGUUAAAGGAGGUUCCCUUCGGCAUCAAGCAUUUGAAAAGUCUGAAAAGUCUGGAAUUUUAUGAUAUGCCAAGGGAAUUUGUGCUUAGUCUGCAACCACCCGAAGGCCCUGAGUUUUGGAAAGUAAAGCAUAUUCUCUCUGUUGAUUUCUGGUAUAGGACUCAAGCGGAAAACUAUGAAGGGUAUGACAUUGGUGAGUCAGAAUUGUUGGAAUAUCUACGAAAUUAAUUCACAGGUAAGGAGCCCCAAUGCUCAAAUUUUACUUGCUAAGAAGCAAAAUUUGCUUCAAAUCCAACAUCUCAAAGAUUUUCAAGUGCCAGAUCAAACAAGAAACUGCCAUUUUCUCAAUCAACCAAAACAUCAGUGGUUGGUUCUCCCUUGUAUAGCUGCCUUUGUCAUUGGGUUGUUGUAAUAUGUUUGUGUUUGACUAUAUGAAGUGCAUGAACCUCUUGAACACAUGCCACGCAAAAGAGAUAUGUUUUAGUUAAAUUGUAUU